GGUGGUCGCCGCCGCCGCUGUAACGGUCAGUGCCGCCUCCCUCCGAGCCGGAGGCUGAACCGACACCUGAACAUGUGGGCUGCCCACUGCGCUUUCAGCCGAGUCAGAGCUCCAGCUGCGAGGUGAUGGAAAGGACGGGAACCUAAGUGGUCAACAACCAACCGGCUGUCUCGCUUGUUAUCUCUGAGGUCAUCUCUGCUCCACCUCUUCACCUGCCCGGGUCCGUUGGAGAAACCACGAUCGCUCUGGCUUUCACACCGCGCCGCUGCUAAUUCUGCUAACGUCGGCUAACCAGCUGCAAGCUCCUAAAAAUGGCCACUGUUUCAAUUCCUGCUGGGACCAGUGCACUGUUACUGGACAUUGAAGGCACCACCACACCAAUCACAUUUGUAAAGGAUAUCUUAUUUCCUUACAUUAGGGAGCAUCUUGAGGAUUACCUGUCCACUCACUGGGAAGAAGACGAAUGCAAACAGGAUGUUCAUCUGCUAAAGAAACAGAUUGAAGAGGACAUGAGGCAGAACCGGGCGUGUCCUGUCCACGCCGUGGACCAGACGGUUCACACAGACGAGGAAAAGGCCAUUAGAGAGGUGGUGGAUAACGUACUAUGGCAGAUGGCGGCGGACAGGAAGUCAACGGCGCUUAAACAGCUCCAAGGUCACAUGUGGAGGACGGCGUAUGCUUCAGGGAGAAUCAAAGGCGAGAUCUAUCAGGAUGUAAUUCCAUCCAUUAAAAGAUGGAGAGGACAGGGCCUGAAAGUCUACAUUUACUCAUCUGGAAGCGUGGAGGCUCAGAAACUUCUGUUCGGAUACUCUGUUGAGGGAGACGUUUUAGAGUUAUUCGACGGUCACUUCGACACCAGUAUAGGACCUAAAGUAGACGGUAAAAGCUACGAGAGAAUUGCAGAGAGGAUCGGCUGUCCACCGGAGGAAAUCACGUUCCUGACAGACGUCACUCGAGAGGCUAAAGCAGCUGAAGAAGCCGGGCUGAAUGUGUUGGUGGUGGUCAGGCCUGGAAACAUGGAGCUGACGGACGAGGAGCGAGCCCACUAUAACCUCAUCACAUCCUUUAACCAACUCGAACUGACGGGACGAGUUUAACACGGAGCGCGGAGGAAGACGAGGAGAACUUCUCUGACUUCAUGUCAUAAUGACCUUUUCCUUCUCUUCUUUGCCCCCUCCCCUCCCGAACCCCCCUCCUCCUCCCACCCACCCUUUUUUUUUUUUUUUGGCAACUCUGGUGUUUUUUUUGUUUGGUCUGUGUCGACAGUUGGAGAGAUGUAGGAGAGGGGCAGCAGUUCGCCUCUAAGUUCUUUCAGGAUCCUUUUCACAUGUAUGGAAACACAUCUUCGGAGCAUAAUAGGAGCAGAAAUGGAAAACCACUCUCACUGGACCUUUUGAUUGACUGGGAAGACGACAAGACAAGCUGUAGAUAAAAGUUGCUGCACGUGACCUGUGAGGUUACUUUACCUUUUUACCUUUUUAGAUGACCCGUAUUUGUUCGCCAGUCCUAUAUGAGUUGUAUUUGCCACCGUUUUGUACACGUCUUCCACUCGAUUCCUCCCUCUACAUGUACACGUGUUGCUGAUGUAUGGCGUUUUAUCCAGUAACUGAACUGUGAUGUUUUAGAAAGUAGAAUAACAGUAUCGUUAGCACUCAGCACAGGUGCUGCCAACAGAGAGUUUUCAUUUCAGACUUAGUUCGAAUGUCUUUAAUUAAUCCCCUCACAGGUGAACGGUCUCUAUUUAAAUGUGCCAUCCCCGUUGUUCAUAUGUAACGUGGGUCCUUGGAAAGUUACCUUAAAAACUGCAAUUUGAUGAUUUAUGUGUGAAACAUAAUUGGUAUUAUUCAGGAAAAUUACUUCCAAUAAAAAUGCCUCGUCUCACACAGAA